AUGAACCUGUGCACAAGCUGGAUAAUUUCGUGGAAGUUCCUAUCUGAGCCUGUUGCCGCUGGUCAGGUUGGCGGCCACGAAGGCGUGGGCAUUGUGGCGCAAAUGGGGCCAUUCAGUGACUCUUCCGGUGUGAAGAUCGGCGAUCGUGUUGGAAUUAAAUGGAUUGCAUACGCCUGUGGCAACUGCGCACCUUGUUUGGCUGGUGCAGAUGAUCUCUGGCUACACAUCGCCGGAACCUUCCAGCAAUUUGUUCUCGCCCCCGCCCACUAUGUCACUCCUAUCCCGGAGGGACUGUCCAGUGAGAUGGCUGCCCCAUUGCUGUGUGGCGGAGGGACGGUAUACUCUGCCCUGAAAAAGAGCAAGGCUCAGUCGGGAGAUUGGGUUUCAGGGCCAGCCGCCUCUGCGAAGGUCCUGGCUGCCACUGGAGGCGAGGGCGCCGCGGCGGUGGUUGUCUGUAGCGGAAACAAUGCCGCGUACGCUCAGGGACUAGAUUUCCUGAAGUUCAACGGCAUCCUGGUGGGUGUUGGUGUUCCUGGUGAUCUUCAACCGAUCGAGAAUGCCUGCCCUCACCUCAUGGUUUCCAAGCAGCUCGCCAUUGUCGGCAGCACUGUGGGUAACCGACGAGAUGCGAUCGAAACUCUGAACAUGGCGCAGAGAGUUGUCUCUACGUCCUUUAAGUUGGAGAAUGUGCAGAGCCUGGAUCGUAUUUUCGGGGAAAUGAAGGAUGGACAGUUACAGGGACGUGUUGUACUAGACCUUCAAACAUGGGCAUGA